CGGAAAUUGGCCCACAAAGAAGAACAGAGGGAAAGAAUCAGGAACCAGCUCCAAAAAAGUGGCUAAAGUGUAAACAGCGGUCCCGAAAGAGAUGUCGUGGGCCUCUAUACACUCCUAAAUGCCCACUGCGCUUGAGCUGUGACUGAAAACACCUGCCAAGAUGCCUUCAGUGUCCACCGGCCCCAAGGAACUGUACCUGUCCACGUCUCUGGGUGACCUAAACAAGAAGGCAGAGGUUAAACCAGACAAGAUCAACACCAGGAGUUAUGUCCAGAGUGCCUGUAAACUCUUCAAGGCAGCGGAGGAGUGCCGUUUGGACAGAGAUGAGGAGAAGGCUUAUGUUUAUAUGAAAUAUUUAACAGUCUAUGAUGUUGUUAAAAAGAGACCAGACUUCAAACAGCAACAGGACUAUUUUAUGACAAUGCUGGGACCAAACAGCAUUAAAAAAGCCAUUGAAGAAGCAGAGAAACUCUCAGAAAGUCUCAAACUCAGGUAUGAGGAAGUUGAGGUGCGCAAAAAACUUGAGGAGAAAGAGAGACUGGAAGAGAAGAAGAGAAAGGAGGAGAUAACAGAGAAAGAGAGUGGUCGAUCCUCUCCCAAAACGACAGGCAAAAAGGACAUUAAGAAGGUAAAGGAUGGACAGAAUGAAAUAAAGAAUGCAACUCCAAAAGCGGUGACGCCAGCAGGGGGCAUCACGGCAGAGAAACUGUUUGCUCUGAUGAGGGACCAGGCGAUCUCGCUGAUGGUGAUGGACGCGCGGCCGCUUAAAGACUUCGAAGAGUCCCACAUCCAGGUCCCAACUCAGACCUGCAUCAGCGUCCCAGAGGAGGCCAUCACCCCGGGAAUCACUGUGAAUCAGAUUGAGGUGAAGCUGCCGGAGGUGUCCAAAGAGUCCUGGAGGAGGAGAGGUUUUGUGGAUUACAUCGUUUUACUUGACUGGUUCAGCUCCGUCUCAGACCUGGCCCUCGGCAACACUCUGCGGAGCCUCAAAGACGCACUAUUUGUGUGGGACAGUAUAACGAUCCUGCGCAGUGAGCCCCUGGUUUUGGAGGGAGGAUACGAGAACUGGCUUCUCUUUUAUCCAAUGUACUCGACAAACUCCAAAGUCAAACCCCCGAGACAAACCUUCACCAACACACUGCCUCAAUUGAACUUUAGCUACCCCUCUCUUGAAGACCCCAAGCCUCCACCACCUCCCCAGCCCGAGCCCCAGGUCCUCCCUGAGCCGGUGGAACCCUCUGCCCCUCCGAUGGUGAACGGUGUGGUCUGUGCAAAUGCCCCACCCCCUCAGACCACAGUGACGGACACACAGCCCCCACAGACCACCAUGACGGACAGACACGCCGAUGCAGUGGACAGGACUGGACCAGAGCUCAGCAAGAACUCAGGUCCAACCGGCCAGGCGCCUGUCGUAACCAAAACAUUCCCCCAGUUUGAUCGCGCCAAGAAGCCCUCUGUGAGAAUCGUAGAAGAACCUAAACCCAAUGUGAACGGUGCAGCCAAAGAGUCGACCCAAAACGGACCCCUGAUACCGAACCGCUCCGUCAAACCCCCCGUGACCCAGAGUCAAAUGAACGCAGAGGCCACAGCAGAGGUGGAGAGGGCUAGACAGGAGCAGGAGACGAGAGAGAGGGAGCUAAAGGAAAGACUUGAACGAGAGAACAGCGAAAAGAGGAAGGAGGAGGAAGAGGAGAAGAAGGAGAAGAAGAAGUUGGAGCGACAGAAGGCGGAGGAGGUGGAGGACAGCAGAGGAGAGAGAGAGCGCAGAGGAAAAGAUGCAAACGCUGACACGCCCUCGAAAAGCAUGUCCUUGGACUCGCCCGCCCCAAACCACCUCGUCAGUGAAAUUAAGAGGGAGCCACUGACCAGAGCAAGAAGUGAAGAGAUGGGCCGCAGUGUACCUGGGCUGCCUGUUGGAUGGAUGAAGUUUCUUGACACAGUGACCGGCACUUACCGCUACUACCACUCACCGACAAAUAUGGUCCACCUGUAUCCACCGGAGGUCACUGUCCCCCAGACUCCGCCCUCGACUCCGCCCACCGUCAAAGCCAAACCCAAACCUCUUGAACCGGAUGCCAAAAUCGAACGUGAACGCGAGCAGUCGAAGUUGAAGCGCUCCUACUCGUCUCCAGACAUCAGCCAAGAACUGCGAGAGGAGGCCCAGAAGAAAGCCACAGCGCCCAUCACUGCUACUGUCAUCCCCACAAUCAACAGAGAGACCAAACCAACAGCUACUAAAGUCUACCAGAAGGUGGAAAUAGUACGACCGUCCGCUGCCAAACUUAGAAAUCUGAACCCGACCUUUGGAGGCAUGGGUGCGUCUCUGACCGGACUCCGUAACCUGGGCAACACCUGUUACAUGAACUCCAUCCUCCAGUGUCUGUGUAACACUCCUGCCAUGGCUGACUACUUCAACAACAACUACUACAUGGAGGACAUCAACAGGUCUAACAUCCUGGGACACAAAGGGGAGGUGGCGGAGGAGUUUGGGGUGAUCAUGAAGGCGCUGUGGGCCGGUCUCUACAAAUGCAUCAGCCCCAGAGAUUUCAAAAUCACCAUCGGAAAAAUCAAUGAACAGUUUUCAUCCUACGACCAACAAGAUUCACAAGAGCUGCUGCUGUUUCUGAUGGACGGACUGCACGAGGAUCUCAACAAGGCGGACAACAGGAAACGCUACAAGGAGGAGGAGAAUGACCAUCUCGAUGACCAGUCUGCAGCGGAUCUGGCGUGGAGCAAACACAAGGCCCUGAACGAGUCCAUCAUCGUGGCUCUGUUCCAGGGACAGUUUAAGUCCACGGUGCAGUGCCUCACCUGCCACCGCAAGUCCAGGACCUUUGAGACCUUCAUGUACCUGUCCCUGCCCCUCGCUUCCUCCUCCAAAUGCUCCCUACAGGAUUGUCUUAGACUUUUCUCUAAAGAGGAAAGGCUCACAGACAACAACAAAGUAUUCUGUCGACAUUGCAAAGCUCAUCGAGACUCAACCAAGAAACUGGAAAUCUGGAAGGUCCCACCAAUUUUGCUUGUGCACUUAAAACGUUUUUCGUACGAGGGCCGGUGGAAGCAGAAGUUGCAGACGUCGGUGGACUUUCCCCUGGACUGUCUCGACUUGAGUCAAUACGUGAUCGGACCCAAACUGAACCUGAAGAAGUACAACCUCUACGGGGUCUCUAAUCACUAUGGGGGUCUGGAUGGCGGACACUACACAGCCUACUGUAAGAACGCUCUGAAGCAGCGCUGGUACAAGUUCGAUGAUCACGAGGUUUCCGAGCUCUCCACCUCCUCCGUCAAGUCCUCCGCAGCCUAUAUCCUGUUCUACUCCACUCUCUGAUCACUUAACCCAACCUCAACGGGCUAAAAUACUACAACAACUACAACAGCUACUACUACUACUACUACACAGAGCAGUGUCUCUUGUCGAUCUAUGGAUUAAGAGAUCUUGGUUAAUCUGCUCUUGAAGGCGCGGUGGUCGGCGGUAGUUUCUGCACGCGGAGAUGAGAAAGAAAGUGGUUAUGACAUCUUGGGAGUGUUGCAGUGCUUUUUAAAGUGCAUAGAGGAACAUUUUACUGAUCAUCUAGUGGCCUACUGACUGCGUUGAUGGUCAAGCUAAGGCUGUACUUUUAGUUGCUGCAGGUUAAUUCAUACUGUGUAAUAUCCAUAAGGGUUAGUCAGCUUGUACAUAACUUAACAAUGCUAAAGUUGCACAUAUAAAAAUGUAAAUAGUCUAAGGGCAAAAGAUGAGACCUGUUUUAAGUGACCAAACUUCUCCUUAUGACGUAGUAGCCACCAUGGUGUUAUUAUUAUUAAUUACCACAUGGAGUUUUGAGUAGUUUUCUGAGCCAUGGAGGAAAAUUGCAAUUGUUUAUUGUUCUGAUCAUUAUUUAGCCACAUAUUUUGCACUUACAAUAUGCAAUCGGUCUAGUUUAUGUAGAGCACAUUGUUUAGUAUCUUUGAAAUGACACUGCUUUAGCCUUUAAACUGGUUUGAAUGGAGCACUUGUGGGAAAAAAAAAACAUGCAUUGCUUAAGUUACUACGAUUAUCAGCCUAUUACUUUGAAUUUUAGAAUUGCCAAAUCUGCAAAUCCCAUUAUUCGCUGUUUUCUGAUUUAUAGUUAUAGUUAUAAUGCUUGAUCACGAACAUACCUGGAGUUGUGUUUUGUUUCAUUCACACAUGUUAAACUCACAAAUCCUGCAUAUUUAGGCUGAGUUCUUCUCUCAAACUGAAAAACACUUAGUUCCACCUUGUGAUGUCAUGUUUGAAUACUGGAAAUGCGUCUCCCUUCCCUUCUCCUCCUCAGCUGACAGACGUAAAGCUUGAUGAGAAUUCUCGAGCUGCUGCUUAAUUAUCAUCAGAACGACUGCAAAAAGUUUUUAUCAUGUUUGUGUCCGUGGCAUAACGACAAACAGACGACACGAGAUGCCAAAAAAGCCAGUAGCAGCUGAAGUUUGUGUUUUCUUCCGGUCCAACCCCUUGUCGAAUCAGAACCCUUCCAGAGCUCCAGUCGUUGAGCAGAAUUAAAUAAAGCUGAUUUAACGUGUUUUCCAUGUAAACUUCAAUUCGGAAUUAUUAUUUCUAUGUAAACUUGAAGGAGAAUAUUUAAAUUCUGAACUAUUUAAUUUAGAACGAUUAAUUCGGAAUUGAAUUGAAUUGUAAACAUGGCCACUCUGUGUUUUUGAACUCCGUACAUCUUCACUUGAAUCAUUUGGAUAAUUUAAACUCUGGAACUGCCAAUCUCUACUGAACUAAAGGUAAACGGAGCUGUUAACUUGAAAACUAAGAAGAAAACAAACAGACUAAUAAUAAAGGAUUACUCAGACGUGUAAAUGAAACAAAACACAACUCUGGGUAUGUUUUUGAUGACGUACCAGCAUUCUAACAUCGCAAAAGUCUAUUUGGUGUAAUAUAAGACCUUUAAUCGUUGUCCUUAGAAUCCAACACAUAUGAUACAACACUGCGAUAAUGAAGGAUCUAGACAUGUUAUUAAUUAGUAGGAAGGUUUAUUUGAUAUUUCACAAGUGCUUCAGUAAUACUCAAGUGUCAGUUCAGCAGACCAUCUAACCACUUUAAGGUCCAUUUAUUACUGUGUCACGCCUAUAACACUCGUCUUAUAUCUCGCAUUAACAUCACUAUAGAGCAAAAGGGUCACCUGGUUUGAUGCUGGAAUAAAGGUGCACUGUGCAACCUUUCUGUCAGGGGGCCUCGUCUCCAUGGAGAUAUUGGAUUACCUGGAGUGUUUAACAGCAUGGCAUUAAACAUAUCUAACUUAUCUCAUGUAUAUAUUCAAUUUCAGGUGUUUUUGUUGGUCUAAAAUACCAUGAAAACACUCAGCAUUCUUACUGUGAACAGGGUCACCUCUCCACAGAUCUGACCAGUAACAUGGGCUGGGGAGGUGUCACCUGCUUGUCUCCAUGGAGAUAGAUAAAUGCUGUUGAACAUUUUAAGGCCAAGCAAUAACCAAGCGACAAAAUGGUGACGGACGCUCGACUAGAAAUGUUCCACAGUGCACCUUUUGAGUUUUGGGGUGGUUUGAGGUUGGUUGUGUUGGGUCUUCAUCGAUGCGUUGUCUUGGAAACCAUUUAGCACCAUAAACUGUCUGUUGGACUUUGGACAGAGGAUCUUUACAGGACCAGGAACCAGAUUUGACUGGAUCGGACUUGUGGAACUGUCUUGCCUCGCAUGACGACAUGAUUAUCUGUUUUCUUGUACUUGUUGAUUUUAUUUUUAUUGCUCUAAAAUUGUUUCCGAUAUAACAAAUAUAUUAACCAACAACUUAUAUGACUAUUUAUUAAAACGGCUUCAAAUUAA